AUGUCUUUAAAAUUCAAGCUCGUCUUCUUCGUCCCUCGCGCAUCCACCCAAACCGUCCUACAGCAUCUAUUCUCUCGUUUCCCGAACGAAGUCGGGCGCAUCGGCGCAUACGGCGGUUGCGCCUUCGUUUCCCCAGGUACAGGCCAGUUCGUGCCGCUCGAAGGCGCGAACCCUGUCAUUGGCGAAGUCGGGAAGCCGGAGCGUGUGGAGGAGGACCGCGUCGAGGUCCUCGUUCUCGGAUCGCGACCCGGAGCGCAGGAGACCGAGCCCUCGGGUACAGAGACAGGCGCGAGUGGGGUGGACGUGCGCGCGGUGCUGCAGGAGCUCAAAAAGGUUCAUCCGUAUGAAGAGGUCGCGUACGAUGUGUACCGACUCGAAGACUUCUAG